UGGACACAAGGACUAGCACUCUAGUGGGAGGGUCUGAACUGAGGUUGACAGAAGGAAUGGUAGGAUUGUUGAGACCGCAGUUUGUGUUGUUUGGAGACUCCAUCACUGAGCAAUCGUUCCGCCCUGGUGGAUGGGGUACGGCUCUUGCUGACACCUACUCUCGAAAGGCUGACAUAGUUGUUAGAGGUUAUGGUGGAUAUAAUACAAGGUGGGCUCUUUUUUUGCUUAAUCACCUCUUUCCGCUGAGCUGCGCAACACCUCCUGCUGCUACAACCAUAUUUUUUGGUGCCAAUGACGCUGCCCUUCAAGGAAGGACUAGUGAGCGACAGCACGUCCCUGUUGAUGAGUACAGGGAAAACCUCAGAAAAAUCAUUCAUCAUUUAAAGGAAUGUUCACCAUCCAUGGUGGUAGUGUUAAUCACCGCACCUCCUGUUGAUGAGAAGGGGCGGGAAGAAUAUGCACAAGCUGUAUAUGGCGAGAAGGCAAGGAAAGACCCAGAGAGAACAAAUGAGAUUACUGGUAUUUAUGCAAGGCAGUGUGUUGAGCUAGCCAAAGAAAUGCAUAUUCCAUUCAUUGAUAUCUGGUAAAAAAUGCAAGAAACUAAAGGAUGGCAGAAACUUUUCUUGAGUGAUGGCUUGCACCUAACAGCAGAAGGAAAUGCAAUUGUUCACAAGGAAUUAGUGGAAGUACUCAAGGAUGCUGGUUUCCGUGCUGAAAAUAUGCUAUAUGAUUUUCCUCAUCAUUCUGAAAUUGAUGGAGAUCAUCCUGAAAAAGCAUUCUGCAAGAAGAGCUAAAUCUUGCAUCACCCAGCUCAGACUGAUGGACGGGACUUCCAUUCCUAAGGAAAUCAAAUGCUUGUAUGUAUGGGCUCUGAAGGAUUGUCAGUCAAGGGAUUAAAGAUUGGUGGAGAAUCUGUGUACCUGAUUAGGGAACUACACAUCGUUUUGAGCCCUUUAAUUUUUCUGUUUUUAUGGUGAAUGGUUAUUUUCUGUCAACAGAUUGGUAAUCAGCCAAUUUGUGGCUUGAUUUAAAAUUGCAGAGGACUUCCAAGUUUAGAUACGAGAUUUAAGUUGUUUUCAGUACUAGAUGAAGCACUGCUAAGUUGUCUA